AUGUCUAUGUUUGACAAGCUCAAGAAGGGCGCACAGAAGGCCGGUCAGCAGGCCUCUGUCUUUAUCAAGGACGGCUCUAGCAAAAUUGCAACCGAGGGCCAGAACUUCGUGCAGGGAUUCAGUCUACCAGGGGAGGCAGAGAAGGCGGCGAAGAUUCUCGCGAGCUUCUUGGCUGAUCCAGAACACCCCGAAUCUGCCCUCAACUCGAUACCCAAGGUUGUCCUGCAGCGCGCCCGAGGACUCGCUGUAUUCUCGGUCAUAAAGGCAGGAUUUGUCUUCUCCGGCAAGGCAGGCUCGGGGCUCGUCAUCGCCCGUCUCCCCGAUGGCUCUUGGUCGGCACCGUCCUGUAUCGCUACCGGUGGCGUAGGCUGGGGCCUGCAGAUCGGUGCCGAUCUCACCGAGUUCGUCGUCGUGCUCAACAGCGAGGAUGCAGUCCGCGCGUUUUCCAUGGGCGGGAACGUCACUAUCGGCGGUAACAUCAGCGCUGCAGCAGGCCCGAUUGGGACGGGCGGCGCCCUGCAGGCGAGCUUGGCACACCCCGCCCCGCUGUUCUCGUAUUCAAAGUCGAAGGGUCUCUUCGCUGGUAUCUCACUGGAAGGCACCGUGCUCAUUGAACGCAAGGAUGCAAACCGUGAGUUCUAUGGUUCGCCAGUGCCUGCCGCCGACAUCCUCGGCGGACGCGUACCUCCUCCAGAGGUCGCCUCGAGGCUGUACGAAGUCAUUGAGGCCGCCGAGGGUGUCGACGAGAGUGGCCUCCCGGAGAAUGCGUACGUGCCCACUGCCACCGGCGACCACAUGGAUAUCCGCGGGGGCGGAACCGUAUUCGAUGCCGAUGGCCAUUGACAAGCUCAAGCUACCGACGAACAACAUGGAGGAUGGAAUAGGAACGACAUGUUACGUGUAUGAUCUGAUGCUAUACGAGCGCCGUAGUGAAUAUCUGGUCUGGAGUAAAUCGCUAGGAUGACCUCUCCCAUCCUAUGUACGUCUGUACAGUACCUCACUGAUUGUAAUGAACUAUAUCAAUUUAAGAACGAGUC